CACAGGAGAGGACCCUGGUCUGAGUCGGAGGAUGCCUAUCUGAUGUCGUUGGUGAACAGCCAGGGAGCUCUCAACUGGGUCCGCAUCGCAAGCACGCUCGGCUCCAGGACCCCCAAACAGUGCCGCGAACGCUUCCACCAGAACCUUAAGCCGACGCUAAACCACGACCCCAUUACGCCCGAGGAGGGCGUGAUAAUAGAGCGCCUCGUCCGAGAGCUAGGGAAGCGCUGGGCCGAGAUCGCGAGGCGCCUCAACGGCCGCAGCGACAACGCCGUCAAGAACUGGUGGAACGGGAGCCAGAACCGCCGGAAGCGGUCCGAAAAGCGCAAGGCCUUGGCCAUGCCCUUCGACGACAGACAGGAAAUACAACCGCGCUUCCCGCACCAUCAUCCCAACAUAUCCACCCCCAGGACCCUGCCAAUGCCGUCGUUGUCGAGGCCCAUGCCCGCCCCGCUGCUAUCCGCGAGCCUUCACAACGAACGGUACGGCGCCACCGUGGAGACGCCGCUCUCGUCGCCCCUGUCCAACUCGCCUGGCUCGGAGCUAGCGCCGUCCCUGAUGUCGGACUCUGGGUCUUACUACUCAACCUCGCCAGCCAGCCGCGUCGAGCUGCCGCCCCUGAAGAUGCCGUCCGACGGCAUGCCGCACUACUCGCCGCGGUCCUCCGUCUCGCCGUCCGACACCAAGCUGCCCCCGUUCAGCCAGCUA